CUGGGCAAGUUCCCGUGAAUCUGGAUUAGAGCGCAGAGUAGUUUGAUAGAUCCACCAGUCCCCGCUUCCUCAGGAUUGAAGUUUAUUAUCCCAGGCCAUUUGAAAGCAAGCGCGUCACUUCCUCUCGUCCAAUCGAAAGGCCGCAGCCCUUCUCUUCUGUGUGAUCUCAUAAUCCAAUAGCGUUCCGCCUUUUUUUCUUGAACGAAAACCUGAGCGGGUUUGCUUGAGGCGCCUGAAGAGAAGACACUAUGAGACAAGAGUAAUAUGGAAGAUUUCAAACAUAUUGGGGAUGAGACAUUUCCAAGUGUUUCGGUCAACUCUAUAGCUAAUCAUACCAAUGAAAUUUUAGACAAUAUCACACUUUCAUCAAAUCUUGGUCUUCCAGUUGCUGCUUCAACGGAAACCAGACAAAAAACUGGUUCUCAAAGCAGACUUUCUGAUCAUGCUUCUUACAUUGAAAGGAAAUUUUUGGCCACAUUAGCAUCUUCCUGUGGUGAUGAACUUGAUUCAGAUCCAAGAAAAAAUCUUAUGUCUAACUUUCAUGAUACUGUGGAAAACUGUGAUUAUACUGCUGAGAUUAUCUUGGAGCCACCCCAAAAAUGUUUACAGAGAAGACAAAGCCAAAAUUCUACUGAUGAUUGCUUAGACAAAAAUCCAAAUAGUUUCCAUGAAAAACAUUUAGAAGAUUUGACAACUAAAGAAUAUAUUUCCUUGGAAAAAGAAAAUGAAAAUCAGUUUGCUUCAUUAGAUCCUGAUCAGAAUGAUAUAGCAAGUGAAACAGCAGCAAUUCUGCGGCUGGCUUUUCCAGAUUUAUAGAAAAUGAGAAAUUGCUGAGCUUUGAGAGCCUUGAAGAAUGUUCUAACAGAUUAUGAUAUUGGAGAUGAAGAGUUCUGUGAUGACCAGUUGGAAGCAUAUUUUGAACAGCUUGUAUUGCCAGGAAAUUGAAGAUGCAGAGGAAACAUGGGGACUAUAUUAAAAGCAUGGAAUUACCUCCAGAACAGGAAAAAUUUCAGAUUCCAACUAUUUAUCAAGCAACAGUAAGAAAUCAUUCUCCUAUUGCAAGU